CCCUAGAAAUAUAUUCAGCGUGUCUAUAAAACCACAUUGCCCUAAUUUCCACUUCCGCCUCCGGGAAUUUCUUCUGCGAUUCUCUUCAGCCGGCGAUAAUGUCGAAGCGAGGACGAGGAGGAACGUCGGGCAACAAGUUCAGGAUGUCACUGGGUCUGCCGGUGGCAGCCACAGUGAACUGUGCCGACAACACAGGUGCUAAGAACCUUUACAUCAUUUCGGUGAAAGGUAUAAAGGGUCGCCUGAAUCGUUUGCCUUCUGCUUGUGUCGGAGACAUGGUCAUGGCCACAGUCAAGAAGGGUAAGCCUGACCUCAGGAAGAAGGUUCUUCCCGCCGUCAUUGUUAGGCAGCGUAAGCCGUGGCGCCGAAAGGACGGUGUCUACAUGUACUUCGAGGACAAUGCAGGAGUUAUAGUAAACCCCAAGGGAGAAAUGAAAGGUUCUGCCAUUACUGGACCCAUUGGAAAAGAGUGUGCCGACCUUUGGCCGAGGAUUGCAAGUGCCGCCAAUGCCAUCGUUUGAGAUUAAAGAUAGAAACCCAUCUUUCUUUAGAAGGGAUAGAAGUAGUCGAAUGCAACUCUUGUUAUUUUGGCUUCAGGAUCUUGAGUUAUGGUUUCAUUGUGGUUGCAAGUUUUUGUGUUCGUAUCUUAUAAAUGGAUUCGGGUGACAGAUUCUAUGCUAUUUAUGGUUUACCCAUUUAAUUAA